AUGGCGGUGGAAACGAUGUUUUCAUGCAAUACGAGUGCCAUAAAGGACUGGAGCUACUUUCUGUCUCAGAUAUUGCCUUUAAUGAAUAAAACUACAGCCUCCGCUUUGUCGAUGGUCAACAUCGACAAGGCGGAGGCUGUGACGACCACUGUGGUGACAUCCUUGCAGCCGGACGGCGCCGUGAGCGCGAGUAAUCCCCCUAUCGACUCCAACCAUACCUCGGGCAUGGAGCACGUCUUUCAGUACUCGUACUCGGAGAGUGACCUGCUGUACACGGACUAUCGGACACCGGAGAGAGACCCCAUGCCUCUUCCCAAAGCGGUGCUCUAUCUGGUCAUGGCAGCGCUGGUAGUAGUGGCAGUGGCGUAUGCGAUAGUUGGACACCUGGUCAAAGAUGUGGUGAAUGACUUCGUCGGUGGAGGCAGGUCGAUUGUUGGGGAAGGUGACGGUACAGAAACCAGCGAACCAGACUGGGUGUUUGGGUCUCGCCGUGCUGCCAACCGCAACAAGACCGAGGUUAACUCAAUCACCAACACCAUGAAUGAGAUGAGUGAGAGGCCCCCGCUGGUGGUGGAAAUGAGCUACAUAUCCCUGAACCACACCAACCAUCUGAGCUCCAACAGACAGGAGGAGGUAGUGGUCACCAUAGAUGAGACACUACAGCAGCAACCUCCAAACACUCCCUCUGGGACUUAACUGCAACCUUCUGAUCUUCACUGAGAGAAAUCAAGCAGCAUCUUUGCUUGCUUUUUGUGUUAAAGUGGAUUUACAAGUCUGACACAAAUGGAAGCUUUAUCCACUGUUUCUUCACCUGCAGGUGGCUGUGUAAUGUUGGGCCAGAAGGUACUUGGAGGCAUGAGAUGCUGAUGUUUGUAUGUGACUUGAUUCUUUUUGGCUGAAAUGACAGAUGAGGGCAGCUACAGCUUGUUCGGACAAGCAGCCGGAGAGACAACUGUUAUUUUUUCAUGCUUAGUCCUCAUCGUGCCAGCCCUUUUAUUUCUCCAAGUUACCCCUCAUCCAUUUAAAAUGAAAACACCAAUGCAAACAAUAUUUAAUCGCU